AAGUUGACCUCCUGAGAGUCUCUAUCUCAGAUGUAGCCUUAAAAAGACAAGAGGAAAGUUUGCUUUUUCUACUCUCUUCCCUGGAAGAUGCAAAGUGCUUUAGUAGGCUCCUGGCACAACAACGGCUUCUAUGGGCACUACCGAGGCCAAUUCAAGAGUGAAAGUGCUCGAGAAUACCGCCUUGCAGCCAAGCCCCAGCCUCCAGCAGUGUUUCUGCAGCGGUGUCAGGAGCCAGCGCAGCAACACUUCUUCUCCAAGCACGACAAUCGUACUUCCUUCGACAAAGGCCCCUACUGCCUGCUGCAGGGCAUCGGGAGACGAAAAGACCUGGAGCGCCUAUGGCAGCGACACAACUUCCUGCGCUGGGCACCCUGUGAGCUGGAGUUGUACCAGCGGCCCCUUGAAUCUUCCUAUCAGUCUGAUUUUCGGUCAGGCCCAGGACUUGGUGGCCUCCCCCAGCGCCUCGUCCACUUUGUGCAGGUCCAACCUGCCCGUGCCAGCACCACCUACCAGCAGAACUUCUGCCAGACAUCCUGGGGCAGUCACUAUAGCAGCGACAAGGUGGGGCCCGAGGCCCCGGUCACCAACUCACUGCCUGACCUCCUGGGGCCCCCAAGACCCAAGCUGCUGCAGCACUACCUUCAUGCUGGGGUCUCUGAGUGUCUCAACUGGUCCAGAGCAUUAAAUAAGAAUGGCUGA